CACAUUGUGGAAAACGUGUGGAGGUUUCACGGACGGUAUCGUGACCCACGUGUUGAUGAUGGUUUAACGUUUCGCUUUAGUUCUGUUUGUUGUUGUUUGUUUUAGUUGUGCGCGAUGUCUUCGAAUUUUUUUAUAAGGUCUAAACCCAAAGGGGGUAAAGAAAAGAAGAGAAAAGGAAAGGGGAUGGUUCAUUUCGACCAGGCGGCGAAGAAGAAGAGGCUGUCGAAGCUGAAAGCGGACUUUCAAGACGAGGAGAUCUCGAGCGAAGAAGACGACGCUUACGUCCACAAUGAACGGGUGGAAACCGACGAAGAAGAGUUUCUAACGCCUCAGGAGAAGAAGUUGAAACUGGCGAAAAAAUAUCUCAAAGAGAUCGAAGAAGAAGAGAAGGCGAAACAAGAUCUCGAUGAAGUAGGAGGGGACGUUAUUCUGGACAGAUUGAAGGAGGAUGUUCUGAGCCAAGCCGGUAGGCUGAGGAGGAAGGUCUUCGAUAAAAUCAAAACUGAGUAUAACGAUUGUGAUAUAAAUGUCUUGAAAUGUAAGGAGCACAAACUAUCUAUAACGUGUGUGGCGGUGUCGAACGAUUUUCAUAUUUUCACAGGUUCUAAAGACUCUUCGAUAGUCAAGUGGUCAUUGGCCGAAAUGAAAAAAGUUUCCACUAUCCCUCCUAAGCACAAAAGUAAACACAACGAAAACCUCCAUAGUACUACUAUCCUCAGCUUGGCCGUUUCUCAUGAUAAUAAAUACCUCGCUUCUGCUGAUGAAAAUCCAGUUAUACAAAUGUGGGAUGCGCAGUCGCUCGCUCAUUUGUUUUCGUUCAAAGGUCACAGAGCGGGUGUGACAGGGCUUGCGUUUUGUCGGCACACAAAUACAUUGUACAGUAGCUCCCGUGAUCGUACAGUCAAAGUGUGGAAUGUUUUGGAGAGGGCUUACGUCGAGACUCUUUUCGGACAUCAGAAUCCGAUUACAGAUCUGGACGUGCUGAGCAAAGACCGUGCUGUCACGAGCGGAGGCGUCGACGGUACUGUCCGUGUUUGGAAGAUACAGGAGGAGUCCCAACUCAUAUUCAAUGGCCACGGUCGGAGUAUCGACUCUGUACGCCGCCUUGACGACCGACACUUUGUCACAUGUGGUGAUGAAGGCUCGUUAUGCCUGUGGAGUGUACUAAAGAAAAAAGCGCUCUUAACAAAAAAUCCGGCUCACGGGAUGAAUGAGAUGUCCAAAGAGCCUUAUUGGAUCACAGCAGUCGGAUGCAUCCCAAACACAGAGAUUUUCGCUUCGGGGUCUUCAAACGGCCAAAUUCAGAUUUGGAGAUGCGAUGACAACUACAAGGGAGCUUCAGUCCUGACAACAAUACCGAUUGUCGGAUUUGUAAACUCACUUGUUUUUUCAUCAGAUCAAAAAUAUUUGAUUGCUGGCAUAGGACAGGAGCAUAGAUUGGGAAGAUGGUCAAGAAUAAAAGAAGCAAAAAACUCUGUACUUGUAAUAAAUAUUCAAAAAUCUGAGUAAGUAUAUAACUUGCAGUUUUUUGUUGGACUGGAUAUUUUAAAGAAUGAAGUGGUGUACAUAAAUAUAUUUAUAUAUAUACAUA